AGCAGGAGAGGAAGUGAACCACAACUAGCUGUUUUUAGUGAGAGGAUCUUGGUAUCGAUGCUGUUGCUGCCUUGAUGUUAACAAGCAUAAAAUUGCUUUUUUCUUUGGUGGAGGAUACUACGUCGUCGUUCUGCUCGGGCUCCUCGUCGUGGCACGAGUACAACAUCGAUGGACUCGGUCGCUUCCCCUUUUGUUUAGUAUCGAUCACAGCAACAAGAGAGAAGCGCUAGUAUCGAUUUUGAGGCAAGUGCUAGGAUCGAUCACAGCAACAA